UUAGCGUGAUUCGACCAAAUCACCCUUGAAAGAAAAAUCAUGCAGCUCUUACUACAGCGAUCACUGUGUGCACGCCACACACCACCUUUGCGUUAAACUGGCUCAGCCUUUUUCUCUUUUUCUCUUUCUCUCUCACACUUUUCUCUUAAAUGAACGUUUCAACAUCAAGUUCAUCCGUUUCCACUCUAGGUGCUCCUAAUGUUCAUCAAUCAUCAACAUCAUUACUCGUCGACGAUCAACAACAACAACAACAACAGCAACAGCCGCCGCCACCCAUGUACGUGAAUGAGUCGGAAUCGGGUAUAGAAGCCUCCAUUUCUUCUGCAGCCGAUGAAGAAGACGACUCUGACGUGGAUGACCAUUGUCGGCGACAACAACAACGGGUUGACUCAACUUAUAGUAAUGAAGAAGAGCCGAGUUUAUUACAACGAGCAGUACGUAGUGCACGACGGUCAUCACACAAGUAUCGACAACAAGAGUUUACAAAGAAAACAGGACGGGAACAACAGUCUUGUUCUUCGAUACAAGCACUCGAGUCAUUACCACCCCAAGAACAAGCCAUGGCUAUGGCAGGUAUAGCGAAUGCGAGUCAUACGAUUGUACCAACAGCAUCAUCCUCAUCCAGUAAUAGCUCUUGCACAUCAGCAGUAUCAUCAUCCCAACAACAACAACAACAUGAUAUCCCUACACCGACUUCUGGUUAUGAUGGCGAUACAGAAGGUGUGAAUGUCGUGGGUACUGAUUACAACAACAACAACCAUCAUCGUGAGCAGCUUCAUCGGCAUCAUCGAUCGCUUCAUGAACAAUUGGUGCAAUACAGCAGUAACCGGUAUAAUCAACAACGGCAUCAUCAUCAUCAUCAUCGUAUGGAUCUGUCGAGUGGGAACGUUUCAUCAUCUUAGUUUUCUUGUGUUUGUCGUCGUCGUCGUCGUCGUCGUCGUUGUAGUUCACUCUGUCGUGCAUCUUCGGACGAGGACGAAAAGGAGGGAAAUAAACGAAAAAAAAAGUGGGCCUUUCUUUCUUUCUUUUGGGUGUUGUUUUUUGCUUAAAAAAGCUUCUUUUUUUUACGGAUUGGAGCGAGUGCUGUUGAACCCUAUGAUCGGGCUUCGCCUACCCCGAUUGGGGUACACUACUACGGCGCAACGGAUGUUUGAGUGCUUGGAUCGAUCGAUCGACCGAUCGAUUGAUUAAACGGCCCUCGGUGCAGUU